UGGAUUCAUGGGGUCGAAAGCCUAUACAACUUAUGGGCUUUACAGCUCUUACCGCAUUAUUCAUUGUUCUCGGAUUUGGUUUUAACCCAAUUAAAGAUAAAUCUAUACCUCUUUUCAUUUUCUUUAUGAACUUUGGACCCAAUGCAACAACAUUUAUUGUUCCCGGUGAAGUUUUCCCUACCCGUUAUCGAUCAACUGGUCACGGUAUUAGUGCAGCAUCAGGAAAAUUAGGAGCUAUUAUUGCUCAAGUAGGAGAAAAAGGCUCUAAUGCUUUUCUACCUCACUUAUUACAGAUUUUUGCUGCUUUCAUGUUUGCUGGUUUAUUAUUCACUUUCUUAAUUCCUGAAACGAAAGGAAAAACUUUAGAAGAAUUAUCAAAUGAAGAUCAACAUGAUUUUGUAAGAAAAAGAACAAAGGUGAAAGAUACUUUAUAA